AUGCUUCUAGUUUAUUUAACUAUUUCUGGCAUAUUUAUUGGUCUCAAUGGAUUUGAAACAUGUGUGGACAAAUUUUGUCCUUUGGGGACAUAUUGUGAGGAACGAGACAUUGUCCCAUGCGUAAAGCCACCAUGUCGACCGUUACUUGUUUGUAUGCCUGAUAAUACUAAAGGCUGUAAAAGUCAUCCACCAUGUCCAGCUGGUCAAGUAUGUGCCGAAAAAUUGGUACCAUGUAUUGGCCGAUCAUGUCGAAAAAUUGCAAAAUGUGUUCCACCAGGAACAUGCGAUGCAAUGGAAUGUCCUCCAUCACAUAAAUGUAUAAUGAAUCCUGGACCAACAUGCAUCAAAACAAUUUUAUCUGCUGAAGAUAUUGCCAGAAUGAACGAACAAAUCCACUAA